CGUGUAAAUUUAGAUGGUGUGAAGAAAGCAGAGUUUGUUCGAGGUCUGCAUGAGAAGGCGCGGUUGAACAUAGAGAGACGAACUGAGCAGAUUCUGAAGAACGUGAACAAGCAUCAGCGUCCUCAACGAUUCGAGCCAUGAGAUUGGGUCUGGGUUCACAUGAGGAAGGAGCGUUUUCCCCAACAACGACGUUCUAAGUUGCUGCCUCGUGGCGAUGGUCCCUUUCAAGUCCUCACCCGCAUCAAUGACAAUGCUUACUUAGCUUCUUUCCUUGAAGAUGACUUAGAUUUGAGGGCAAAUCCUUUUCAAGUGGAGGGGGAUGAUGAGGACAUCAACACCAAGGCGAUCACAAGUCCAACUUUGGUGCAAGAGGAACGUGGUCCAAUCACUAGAAGUCAAGCCAAGGCAUUCAAAGGUCGACUUCAAUCUUAUUUGGCAGAGCAUUUUCCAUCUUUGGAGUCGAAUUCGUUCAUAGGCCAGUAUGUCAAUGUUAUCCACGUCCAAGAUGAGAAAGAAGGACGUUCUUGAUGCCCAAGUUGGCCUCACAUGGAAAGCAUGGUCCAUUAAACCGUACCGUACCGGCGGUUCUACCAUAAAAUACCAGUACCGGAGGCUAAACCGAUAGGCGGUAUUUAACGGUACUAACGGUUGAACUACGGUUAAACCACAGUUUUGCCAUAAAAUACCCUAUCGCUUACUUUUCUGGUACAGUCUCCGGUACGGUUUCAUGGACCAUGAUGGAAAGGCAAAGGAAAGGGGAGAAAGAAGGACAUUCUUGAUGCCCAAGUUGGCCAAACAUGGAAAGGGAAUAAUUAGUGGCUAAGAAUCUUCCAUUAGCAUUAAAAACAAUAUGUUAGAAUCUUUUGGAUAUUUGUUUCCUUCUUUAACUCCUAUUAGUUUCCUUCUUAAUUUUGUAACCUCUAUAAAUAAAGGGUGUUAUGCCUA